AGCGCGAAAUAAAAUGGAUGACAUGUGUUUGUAAAUAGAGAUUGGUGUCGGUGACAGCUGAUCACAGGAUAUAUAGUAUGACAACGAUAAAUUAAUCACAGACAUCAAUAUGUCCCGGAAAAAACUUGCUGCAAUAAUGGAGCUGAUUCAAAGUGCCAGAGAGAAGGAUGGGGGAGGCCAGUCAGUAUAUGAACUGAGAACGCUCCUUUCACAUCUACUGGAAAAUUUCUUAACAGAUGUCAAUAAAAUUGGAGCCUCGCUGCAGCAGUGUGCAGACCAGUCAAGUGAGUGUUUCAUGAUGCUGCAGUGGUUCCGAUGGUUGGUUGAAGAACACUCCGACAUCUUCUUGUAUGCCCCUGGCAGUCCUCCAUCAGAUGAUCCCAACAGUCACCCCCAGGCGUCAUCUCAGGCUGGCAAUGAGGAAAAUCUUUCAUAUGCCUUCACAACUUGGUGCCUGGUCAAACUGCUACGGCUGCUGGGCUACAGUCAGUGCUGCCAUCUACAUCAGAAAUGUAUCACUGUAGUGGUCGCCCUACUGCAGCUGGUCAAAUGGAAGGACAGCCAUUUCUAUCACAGCCUCCUGUCCAAUAUCAUACACACCUUGGCAGACCUAGUGAAGCUGAAUGAGAAGCUGUACAAUACAGAUGAAAAUUUAAAUGAAGUCUUGACCAGGUUCACCGCAAGAGACGACCAUGUCCGACAAAGCCUGGUUGAUCCUGCAGAGUCCAGUCCGCCCAGUGUCAAACUGUCCUCAGCAGCCAUACAGGUGUCCACUGUAGAAAUGUGUGAACUUCUCCAAGUCAACCUCACGGAGUUACUGGGCCUUGUGGUCGAGGACGUGGGGAUGGUGACCCACAGCCUUCUGCCAGCAGUGUGGGGCUGUAUGUGCUGGGCUGUAGAGAAUGGCAACCUUGACCUUAAGGCUAGUUCACUCUUUGUGAUGAGCGAGAUGUUGCAGCACACUGGUCUCCCAACACUCAACGUCAUUGACUACUUCCUGUCAUGCUCAGUCGCAGUGUUAGAUCUCAUGUGCGCUGGCUGUCAAGGGGGUGAGGAAAAGUGGGUGGUCAAGGUGGAAGAGAAUCUAGCUACAGUACUCCAGGGAAUUAUCCGUGCUGAUACAGGCACACUACAGCCUGUUAGUCUGUCCGUGUCUCAAAUGCAGUAUCUUCUGGCCAAGAUUUCUGUGAUCCUGACCACGAAGGGUCUGACCUUACUCCAGACUUACAGAUUACGACAGGGUGUAGCGGAUAUGAUAAGCUACAUACUUGACACGGUACCACAAUCGACUCUGUGUGGAAACAUCUUCAGUCCGCUUGUCACCAAUAUGUUUACUACGUUGUUAAAUCACUGUAGUCAGCUUCAGAAUCUCCAGUUUGUGGUUUCCCCAUUGGUCAAAUCUAUUAUGAUUGAAGAAGCCAAUGUCCAGAGUGUUGAGUCUGUGACCGAGAGAAUGUCUUCUGGUCAAGAAGAUGACCAACCUUCUCAACAUGGACAACGUAAAAGGAAGGCAGAGACAUUAAAUAAGGAUGGACGUGUCAAACUGACCAAGCGUCACCGGAUGGUCAACACUAAAUUAGCUUCCCUUGUUACCAUGGUGACAGAAGGAGGGGACAAGGUUUUAGAGAACAUGGAGGGAGUGUGUGUCUGUGUGACUGUACUGAUCACAUGCCUUCAUCAGAGUCGCAUCAGGUCAAAAUUGGGACGGACAUCAUUUCAUCACUGGUUGCCCCUGUCAACAUGCCAGGAGGUAGUGUCAACUGCCGCCACUGCCCUGCAUCUGUGUUCUGAUUGGUCCUUGAAAUCCACCAAUGAAAUGCUUGUCACUAUCUUACAAAUGUUUGCCACGCUGCUUGGUCAUUAUGAUGCUGGGGACAUUGAUCCUCAAGACAUGACAACCAUAUGUUGGAUUUCAUCCCUUACCUGGAUACCAAACGAUCCAUCUUGUAUGGACAUGAAGAUGACCAACACUAGACAGGUGGUCAAACUGAGUCAACAGCUCUCGGAAAACAUAGAUGAUGCUGUGAAGUUGGAGAGUCUGCGAGUUUUAUCCUUUCUGCCAAAAGAUGUUGCCCCAAAGUGGAGAGUACAUGUCUUCAGACAAGCCUUUGCAGACGGUCAGUCCAAAAUGCGACAAUCAGCUCUGACCACUUUCCCCUUACUCCUGCAUCACUUGGGACCCAACGCAAACCACCUGGUCUACGAAUUGAUACAUGCCCAGGUGGAUGACAAAGACCCAGAAAUACAGAAAACCAUGGCGGAUACUGUGGGAAAGCUGGCGUGUGUUGUUUGCAGGAAAAGCAUUGUCAGCAGCUUGAAGACACCAGGGGCCUCGUCUACAACACAGACCAUACAGUGUAUAUCGUGUGAUAAGCUACAAGACCAAGAAUCUUGUAAGUCGACCAAGGAGAGACCCAGGCUUGUGGAUCCAAAUAUGUUUUCCAAGUUCCUUACUUUACUGGACACAGACAAUCGGGAGGUCAAGUUAGCAAUGAUUAGUAGUCUGAGAAGAAUUUUUGGACAUAUCGGCCUGAGGAGCAACAAUCCAGCUACCAUGGGUAUGCUUAACACAAGUCUGCGCCUGAUAGAGGAUAACGACUACAUCAUUCGAGUUAGGUUCAGUCAGAUCAUCAGUUCUUUAGUUGGCGAUGGUUUCAGUGACCUAAACCAAAUUAUGGUACGCAAACUAAAGACCGCACUGGACAAAGCUCGUGAGGACGGCAAUAUCCGCCUGCAGGAGACAAUCCUUCUCACUGUAUCUCAACUGGGCAGACUGGCCGGUGAUGACCUGAUACUGGUAGUUAUCGUCAGCCUCCUUGAAAACCUCCUGUCUCCUGUACCACUGAUAUCUGCUGUGGCCUAUGAACAGUUGAAGUCUGUGGCACAGUUUAAGAAAACAAAGACUCAGGAUUUAUUCCUGAAAUCAAGGCUGUCAAUUUGCAAGUUCCUUGUUGAAGCCAUGCACCAAGCUCAGAUGUCUCCCGGCGGCCGCAGUCCGGAAGCUAUCCUCAGGGAUGUUGCCAAGGUCCUAGGCUUUACGGACAUCAAGUUGUUUCUGCAGGGAACCAAGAAGUAUAUGGUACCCCACUUGGUGAGCAAAGCUACGCCUGAGGCCUCCACUCUGAUAAAACUGAUGGCCACGCUCCUCAAUGUACCGAGUCGGAUGAAGCUUCUACUUGAGAUGAUUAAGUACACCUAUACCUACCUAGUAUGUCACUGUGGUAAGGCGGAGAUGGAGCGGGCAAUCACCUUCCUACAGAAUGAAACAGAGGUUGACCUGGGUGGACUUGUGCGACUUCACUUCCAGCGGACACACCAAGAGUUACUGCUGCGUCUCAGUACUGACUAUUUACAAGUAUUCAAUGGAUUGCGUGUAUUGGCCACUUACGAUGAAAGCUACCAGGGACCCAAAGAUAUCACAACCUCAGAACAGAUGGCAGCCUACCUCCAGCCCCGUCUACUGGGUGUGAUAGCUUUCUUUGACUCCCAGCUUCUGACCUUGAGCAUUCCUUUGGAGGACAAAAUCCUGACAAUGGAAAGUUUGACAUCAAUCAUACGUCUGAUGGGGUCAAAACAUAUUGGAGUGAUCCGUCACAAAGUGGUCAACACUCUGAGGAUUGGGCUCAAGUGUAAAGACAAGCAGAUGAUGGAGGUGUCCUGUCGCGCCUGGAACUGUUUUGUUACCAGCCUGGAGUUACCUUUCCUUGGUCAGAUGAUGUCCCAGAUUAUCGCCACCCUACUACCCCUGCUGGAACCACUCCCCAAACAAGUCGCCGAUAUUUUCUCCUACAUCAUUGUCGACAACAGGGAAGUUUUACACGAACAUUUCCAUGAGAUCUACUUUCUGCCUGACAUUCCGGAGCUUGCUGAGUGUAAUGGUGUCCUGAAGCAGUAUGUGGAAAGUCCAUCCAGCCAAUCGGAUCUAAAGACGAUCUUGACCUACUCCACAAAAGGGAUAUCUCAUGAGAGUGUGGAUGUGAGGAGGCAUGCCUUGUCUAAACUCCGCAAACUUCUCCGUGAUGAAAAGGAGAAACUCUACCAGUAUGUUAACAGUAACGAGAGAGCCGAUCCUGUCGUCUCCAUCCUCGUGUCCCUGCUCCUACAAGGGUGUCGGGAGACGGACCCAAGGGCACAGUGCCUUUAUGCUGAGUGUAUUGGAGAGCUGGGAGCUAUAGACCCAGGCAGGCUAGACUUAAUGUGCAACAACCCAAAGGCAGACAUCGCCAAAUACCAUGCAAACAUAGAAGAGGACAAUUUUGCUGUUGAACUCAUCAACGAAGUCAUUAAUGCCUUCCUUGCUGCUCCAGAGUCUAGGAUACAGGAUACUGCUGCAUUUGCCUUACAAGAACUUCUGAAGACCUACAAAAUAACGGAGCCAAAAGCUAGUGACCGAAGUUCCGGCCGCAUCUGGAAACGGUUCCCAGAUCACGUCCAGGAAAUCCUCAUACCAUUCCUCAGCUCCAAAUAUGCACUGACCAAUUCUACCAAGCAUGACUGGUCAAAACAGGUCACCCCCAUUUACUGCAGUGAGAAGGGGCAUAACUUUGAGAAUUGGGUCAGCACCUGGACCGGCUAUUUGUCCUCUAAGGUGAAGAAAGGUUUUGCCCGUGAAGUCUUCCUGUCCUGUAGUGCGGUCAUCAAACACAAUGGUAAUCUGGCUUUGUACAUCCUACCCUACGUUGUCCUACAGAUUCUCAGGGAUGGGACUCCGGCUGACAUCAAAGAUAUCCACAAUGAGAUAACGGAGGUUCUGAAUCAAGCCAAGAGACCCGAUUCUAAACAGAAGGCUGCCAACCUCCAUCACCUGAGUACCCAGACAAUCUUCUCUGUCCUCGACUACCUCACCAAGUGGCCAUACAUCAUGACUCAGAUAAAAGGAGUCGACCCUCAAACUAAAGUGCCAGUAUGUCAUGCUGAUCCAACGUACAAAGCCAUCGAGGCGUUCCGUCAGGUGAUUGCCCAGGACCUCUUGGCCGAUGCCUGCUACAACUGCAAGGCUUAUUCCCGCGCUCUCAUGCAUUUUGAACAGUUCUUAUCGAGCAAGGGGCAGAAUAUCCAGGAGCACCUUAACUUUAUGCAGAAGUUGUAUGUUGCCCUGGAUGAGCCGGAUGGAGUGUUGGGUGUAGCUGCGAUAAGACUGGCACCGACCUUGACAGAGCAGAUUCUUAUUCACGAGAGUCAGGGCCAGCAUCAAUGUGCUCAGGCGUGCUAUGAGAAAGCAAUCCAGAGUGAGGCUGACAAUGUUGUUCACCAUCAGGGCCUCCUCCGUAAUCUGAUUGAACUGGGAGAGCACAGCAAGGCACUGCUCCAUGCCACCGGGGCUGUUGCCGAGAAACCAGACUGGGCUCAUCACCUCAAUCCCUAUAUGGUUGAAUCUGCUUGGAGAUUAGGCAACUGGUCAAAGUUAGAGAGUUGUAUCAAGUCAGACAAAAGCAGUAGGAACUGGGCUGUAGGCAUUGGGAAGAUUUUAAUGGCAGCAAAAGAUCAGAAAUCUGAGCAAAUGCGUAAGCAACUGCAGAUUGUAAGGCGAGACCAGAUGGCGCCACUGUCUGCAGCUAGUAUGGAGAGUGGCUCGUACCAUAGGGGAUACGAAUAUAUAAUGAGAUUACACAUGCUGAGUGAGAUAGAGGAGUGUGUCGGGGUCCUGAUGAACCUCCACACGGAGGACAGUGGCUCCAGUAACACCAAACAUUCCUCGACUGACCUACUUUGCCAGUGGGAGUCUCGACUACAAGUCAUGCAGUGUUCCUUCCGGACACAGGAGCCAGUUCUAACUCUUCGACGGAUUCUGUUUACCCUGGCCCAGCAAACCACAGGUCAAGAGGUCGACCAGGACAUAGGUCAUUGGUGGCUCUGGAGUGCCCGCAUAGCUCAGAGAGCAGGCCACCUGCAAACAGCAUUCAGCUGCUUACUUCAGGCCAGUGAUUACAACUUGCCAGAGGUUUUCCUGGAAAGGGCUGAAUGGCUGUGGACCAAGGGAGAAAAAGACCAGGCCAUAUCUUGUCUGGAGAGAGGAAUGUCUAUCCAUUUCGAAGAUGUUUCCAAACUGAAACUAGACAGUUCAGCACAGACUGACAACAAACGCAAGACAUAUGCCAAGGCAUUGCUGCUGUAUGGGUGUUAUAAUGAGGAGACGUCUAAGAUGGAGAGUAAUGUGAUCCUAAAACAAUACAAAGAAGUAACAGAUGUCUACCCAGAUUGGGAGGACGGUCACUUUCACCUGGCCAAGUACUACGACAAGAUCAUGACUACUCUACUGGAGGACAAGGACAAACCAGAUCCUUCUCGUCAACGGGAGUUCAUUCAUCAUGUCGUGAAAUCAUUUGGCCAGUCGCUUCAGUAUGGGAACCAAUACAUCUACCAGUCCUUGCCUCGCCUUCUCAGUCUGUGGCUCGACUUUGGAACAAGUGUAGCAGAAAUGGAGAAAAGGGACAUAUCCCGAAACCAGCAGCUUGCACAUAAACUACAAAACAUGAGAACCACUCUAGCCAGGCUCAAUAAGUUGGUGUCGAGCCUCGGACAACAGUUAGCCUCCUAUCAGUUAUUCACAGCCUUCUCACAGCUUACCUCUAGGAUCUGUCAUAUCCAACCAGAUGUGUUUCAACAUCUCAGGGAAAUCAUUGCUCGCCUGUUUGCCCAAUUUCCUCAGCAGGGCAUGUGGAUGUUGAUGGCGGUGUCGAAAUCCUCAUACAAAGUAAGAGUGAGCCGAUGUAAGGACAUAUUUGCCAGGGCCGAGCAAAUAAAUCCUGGUUUGCAGAAAUUUGUGAAGGACUCGACCAAGUUGACAGACCGUCUGUUAGAGCUGUGUAACAAAGAGUAUACUGGAUCUAACAACAUGAGUGUGUCACAGCACUUCAAGCCUCUGAAACGACUGCUGGACGACAGUAACUUCAGCAAUAUAAUCCUGCCCCUCCAGUCCAACAUGACAGUGAUGUUACCCAACACUCCUGGAUCACACUCAACACAUGACCCUUUCCCUGGCAAAGAGGUCUUCAUCAACGGCAUUAAUGACACCAUUGAGAUUCUGCCAUCUCUACAGAGACCAAAGAAGAUUACACUGAUAGGAAGUGAUGGUCGCUACUACACCAUGAUGUGUAAACCCAAGGAUGAUCUGAGAAAAGAUGGACGCUUGAUGGAGUUUAAUGACAUUGUUAAUAAGUUCUUAAGAAAAGAUCCAGAAUCUAGGAGGAGACAACUCCAUAUUCGUACCUAUGCUGUUGUCCCCCUUAACGAGGAAUGUGGCCUGAUUGAGUGGGUAAAUAACACAAGUGGACUUCGCUACAUCCUGAUGAGACUGUACAGAGAGAAGGGCCUGUAUACCACUGGCAAGGAACUCAAGGCCAUGAUGCCCAAGAUAACGGACAGCAUUGAGGUAAAGAUGCAGUGUUUUAAGGAGAAGAUGUUGCCACGACACCCGCCAGUUUUUAACGAAUGGUUUCUGAGGAUCUUCCCUGACCCAACAUCCUGGUACAAUGCACGCCUGUCUUAUGCGCGGACGUGUGCCGUUAUCAGUAUGGUAGGCUACAUACUAGGACUGGGUGACCGACACGGGGAGAACAUCUUGUUCGACUCGACCUGUGGAGACUGUGUCCAUGUGGACUUCAACUGUCUGUUUAACAAGGGUGAAAUGUUUGAAUGGGCUGAGAAGGUUCCCUUCCGCCUGACUCACAACAUGAUGAAUGCGCUAGGUCCCCUGGGAUAUGAAGGGAUAUUCAGACGAGCCUGCGAGGUAACUCUGAGGGUGAUGAGGACACAGAUGGACCCAUUGAUGAGUGUACUGAAGCCGUUUGUGUAUGAUCCGCUGGUUGAGUGGAGUAAACCAGGCAAAGGAGGAAGAUCUAAUCCCAUGGAUACUGGUGAAAUCAACAACGAACAGGCGAUGUCCCAUGUACAGAAUAUAGAACAUCGACUGAAGGGAAUUCUGAAGUCCAAGACAUCUCGACCCAUCACUGUACCAUUGUCUAUAGAAGGCCAUGUGAACUAUCUCAUCAAUGAAGCAACAGAUGACAGAAACUUGUGUCAAAUGUAUGUCGGCUGGGCGCCCUAUAUGUGACACAACUGUGUAUAUACAAAUGUAUGUCGGCUUGGCCCCCUAUAUGUGACACCACUGUGUAUAUACAAAUGUAUGUAGGCUGGGCCGCCUAUAUGUGACACCACUGUGUAUACGCAAAUGUAUGUAGGCUGGACCGCCUAUAUGUGACACCACUGUGUAUACGCAAAUGUAUGUAGGCUGGGGCCCCUAUAUGUGACACCACUGUGUAUACACAAAUGUAUGUAGGCUGGGCCCCCUAUAUGUGACACCACUGUGUAUAUACAAAUGUAUGUAGGCUGGGCCCCCUAUAUGUGACACCACUGUGUAUAUACAAAUGUAUGUCGGCUGGGCCCCCUAUAUGUGACACCACUGUGUAUAUACAAAUGUAUGUAGGCUGGGCCCCCUAUAUGUGACACCACUGUAUAUACAAAUGUAUGUCGGCUGGGCCCCCUAUAUGUGACACAACUGUGUAUAUACAAAUGUAUGUCGGCUGGGCCCCCUAUAUGUGACACCACUGUGUAUAUACAAAUGUAUGUAGGCUGGACUGCCUAUAUGUGACACCACUGUGUAUACACAAAUGUGUGUAGGCUGGGCUGCCUAUAUGUGACACAACUGUGUAUAUACAAAUGUAUGUAGGCUGGGCCCCCUAUAUGUGACACCACUGUGUAUAUACCAUUGUAUGUAGGCUGGGCUGCCUAUAUGUGACACCACUGUGUAUACACAAAUGUGUGUAGGCUGGGUCCCCUAUAUGUGACACCACUGUAUAUACAAAUGUAUGUCAGCUGGGCCCCCUAUAUGUGACACCACUGUAUAUACAAAUGUAUGUCGGCUGGGCCCCCUAUAUGUGACACAACUGUGUAUAUACAAAUGUAUGUCGGCUGGGCUGCCUAUAUGUGACACCACUGUGUAUAUACCAUUGUAUGUCGGCUGGGCUGCCUAUAUGUGACACCAUUGUGUAUACAAAUGUGUGUAGGCUGGGCCGCCUAUAUGUGACACCACUGUGUAUACACAAAUGUAUGUAGGCUGGACUGCCUAUAUGUGACACCACUGUGUAUACACAAAUGUAUGUAGGCUGGGCCCCCUAUAUGUGACACCACUGUGUAUACACAAAUGUAUGUAGGCUGGACCGCCUAUAUGUGACACCACUGUGUAUAUACAAAUGUAUGUCGGCUGGGCCGCCUAUAUGUGACACCACUGUAUAUACAAAUGUAUGUCGGCUGGGGCCCCUAUAUGUGACACCACUGUGUAUACACAAAUGUAUGUAGGCUGGGCCCCCUAUAUGUGACACCACUGUGUAUACACAAAUGUGUGUAGGUUGGGCUCCCUAUAUGUGACACCACUGUGUAUAUACAAAUGUGUGUAGGCUGGGCCCCCUAUAUGUGACACCACUGUAUAUACAAAUGUAUGUCGGCUGGGCCGCCUAUAUGUGACACCACUGUAUAUACAAAUGUAUGUCGGCUGGGGCCCCUAUAUGUGACACCACUCUGUAUAUGAAAAUGUAGGUAGACUUGGCAGCCUAUAUCUGACAACACACGGAUCCUGUAGUAAGGACAUGAAAGAGACAAUUUUAUAGGGUUAUGAGAGACACUAAGUUUGGAUGUUUGUUCUUGGCUAAACCUUGUUACUUUGAAAAUAAAUGUUUUGCUUUGUCA